ACAGCAGCCUCACUGACCUGGGGGGGGGGGGUCUCCAGCCCAGAUAGAGGGGCCCGGGGCGGAGUCUGCCAGCCACCACCAGGACAGGAAGCUCUUGGCCUUCGGCGACAGCCGGCAGCCACAGGGCUGCCCCCAGCAACAGUUGUUCUCCAAAAAUAGACGCCACUCCUCGACCAUAUAUGUCCAGGGCUGCAGGGAGAGGCCGGCCACCAUGCACCUCACGCAGCUCAACCGCGAGUGCCUGCUGCACCUCUUCUCCUUCCUGGAUGCCGACAGCAGGAGCAGCCUGGCCGCCACCUGCCCACAGCUGCGCGCCGUGUUCGAGGACCCGGCGCUCUGGUCGUGCCUGCACUUCCGCUCGGCGGCCGAGCUGGCCAGGGCCCACUUCGUGCUGGGCCCCGCACUGCGCAGCCUGGCCGUGUGCUGGCCGCCCAGCCGUGUGCGGGGCUGCGGCGUGGAGGACUGGCUCAAGAGCGCCCUGCAACGCAGCAUCUGCAGCCGCCACGAGAGCCUGGUCAGCGACCUCCUGCGCCGCGUGUGCGCCAGGUGCCCCAACCUGACGACGCUGACGCUGGCGGGGUGCGGCCACGUGACUGACGACUGCCUGACGGGCGUGCUGCUCCGCUGCCCGCGCCUGCGCACUCUGCGCCUGGAGAACUGCGCGCGCGUCACCAACCGCACGCUGGCGGCCGCGGCGGCGCACGGGCACGCGCUCAGCACGCUACACGUCGACUUCUGCCGCAACGUCAGCGCCGCCGGUCUACGUCAGCUGCGCGACGCGCGCCCGCACCUGCGGCUGAGCGCCGACCGCAGCGCCGAGAUGGCGCCCGACCUGCCGCCCGAGCCCGCGCCCCGCCGCCGCGCGCCCCGCUAGCGCCGCCCCGGCCCCCCGAGCGCCCGGCACGCCCCCGAGCCGCCCGCCCGCCACCCCGGCCCUCCGAGCUCGCAGGGUCACCGCCGCCCCCGCGCCCUACGCCAGCCCUCGCCGCAGGCACAGCGGAGGCCCCACGGCCACGUUACCUGGCGGCCGGGCUUCGUGCGCGCGGUCUGGGGCACAAGGCAGGUCCGCCGCGCCGCCCCCGAGCCCGGUGUCCCUGCCCGCGAGCGCGGGGCCCGCGGUGGGCUGCAGGUGGCCCCGCCCCGGCCUGACUCCCGGCCCCGGGAUCUCGGCGGCGUGCUGGGGUCGCCGUGCCGGGACUGAGCGCAGAGCAGCCUCGGCCGACCCGGCUACCCGGAGCUUCCCGCCCGCUCCCCGCUCCCCGCGCCCCGCUCCCCGCGCCCCGCGCCCCGCGCCCCAGCGGCAGCCGCCACCUUCUCCCCAGAGAUCGCGGCGACCGCGAAGCAGAGCACCAAGCGCAUCCCCGCCGCGCCCUCUGCCCGCCUGUUUCACCGGCCUGCGUCCUUACUGUUAAAUAAAUGAUUCUGACGUGGGGGGCCGGGAGGUGGCUCGCUGUUAGUGCGGCCCCGGGUUCAAGCCCCAACAGCACAUGUGGGAGUACCGUGGAGGAAACUGGGAGGGUGGGCCGCGCUGCCAGCCGCGACAGGUGGGGGAGGGGGGGGCCCGACUAGCCCCUCAGCCAAGCAUUAAAGGGCCGGGACCUGCUGCCACCCACCCCAGCCCCGGCCCUCGGAGGCCCAGUAACAGCCAAAGCCUCCUUCAGACAAAACUAAGUUGUCCCCGUGCUCAACACCACCGGACACUGGGCAGGGAAGCAAGCACGGCACAUUCCGCGUCCGGUUUCUCGUCUCUCACGGCCGACACGUGGCCGCCCCCGGCACGGCUCCUCCGAGCCGCCGGCAGCGCUGACCCUGGAAGCUCUCCCGGGGCCACACCGGGGCGCCCCUGGCAAGCGAGUGGCUCAGGCACCCGGCGCUGGGUGCUUCCUGGCCUGCACAAGCCCCCAGCACCCAUCACUCACAGCCAUGACAGCUGUUCUGUCACUUCACAGAAGUCGCUCCCACCGGUGAUGGCCACCUUCUGUGAGCACUGCCCACUGGGCUGCCCUCUCUGCCCGCAGAGGCUGUGAGCUUGUAAACUUUUUUCCUUUAAAGACCUUCCUAUUAUGAAGGAGAGAAUGAGAGGAGGAGAAUGGGGCCAGGGACUGAAGUUUUGCCCUCUGGGGCCCCAGGCACUGGAGGAGGUGCUGUAAGGCUGAGCUGCAGUUCCCCCUGGCCUCGCAGAGCAGGUCUGUUCCCGAAAAGCACGUCGUGCUUCAGGCUGCCGGCCCCCCCUGCUCCAUGGGGCCAAGCAAACGGCUUUUCCCACCGGGAGGAAGGCAGGAAGGUCUGUGAGUCAACAAGCCAUCGGAAGGGCCCACUGAGCGUGAGGCCCCGUGCAGAGCCCUGGCCCCACAUGGAAGCGCCAUGGGUGACAGAGUGCUGUGGUGUCUUCCCACCCUCUCCUCUGAAAUAAGAAGGAAAAAGCUGGGUUAGCGCCUGUGUGCCUUCCGGUGGGAGGCCAACCUGGACUCUGAGCUAGAAGUCUGACUGGGGGUAACACACGCAGCCCAUGAUCCGAUUCCUGAAUCAGUUUUAUUUCUCUGCAUUAGGAACUCUGCACAGGCAAUGCAAAUUAAAACAAAAUAAAUAUAUGAAUACUCAUGUAAAA